AUGGCAUUAAUAUUACCUCUACAAUUGCUUGACAGUGUCGUACGGUGUUAUUGUUGUUCAAAUUACGAUAAUUCUAGGACACGAAUUAUAGAAAUUCUUAUUAAUCGGGCUUCCAUAUUCGAUGUUAUUAGAUGGCGACGCGUUUCUCGAGCGUUUAGAGCCGCUGCACAAAAACGAUUAGAUCGAAUUCGAAUAAUUGAAGUGCGGUUAUAUUCAAAUCUUCGACAACUGCGUGAAAGCAAACAGCGUCGAUGUACGUUAACGCCUUAUAUUAAUUAUAAUUGUGAAUGGCAUCCGAUUUAUGAUUUAAUGGUGGUCGAAUUGGAUCAAAGUCAUCUCGCUGUUACGAUUGAUCCAAAAGCAACUUGGAAAGAAAUAAAAGCAUUAAUCCAUCUAUUAAUGCUUUUCAAGCAAAAUAUCGAGCAUCUUUAUAUUGAUAGUCCAAUUAUUGAAAUACUUGUUGCAGAGGUGAACAGUCAACAAAUCAAAUACAUUACUUCUAUCUUUCAUCAGUCGCAAAUGGGCAAAUCUGAUGAAUAUCGUAAAAACUCGCAAAGUUUAAUUCCUAUUAACAAACUAUUCAUGCCUGAAGAACCAUUCUUUCCUAGUUUGAAAAGUCUUUUCAUCAUUUCUCAGUGUGAUGAGGUAGAACAUUUGUCACGAUUACUUGCCUAUUCAGUUUCGGUUGAUUUGUUGUAUCACGUAAAACAAAUGGAUUUGCUUUGUUUAAAGAUUUGUGUUGGAAAAGAAUGGAGCACAGGGAAAAAUCCAGGCAUGUUCAGGCACUUAAUGAGAUUUCGGGAAUGGACAGAAGCAAAUUCUCUCGGUGAACGAUAUUUUCAACAAUUCGGCAGCCAUCUACAAAAAAGGGAACGGUUUUUGAUCCGUAACCAAAUAAAGAAAGGUUGUUCUUCAUUGUAG